AUGUACAUCACCCUCUACUACAUAGUCACCCGGCUCCCUGACUCCCUUCGCUCGGUCAGGGACCACUUCCUCUCUGUUUGCCCCACCACGCUCACCGUUGACCUCCUCGAGGAGCGCCUCCUGGCAGCUGAGAAGAGUGUAGUCGAUGCAAGGGCAAAGGGAACAAGGGCGCUGGAAAGGCUGGCGGGGGCAGUGGAGGUGGCGGUGGAGGCGGCGGAGGUGGUGGGGGUGGCGGUGGGAGUGGUGGUGGGGUUGGGGGCGUCGGUGGCGGCGGUGGUGGCGGAUGCGGUGGCGGCGGUGGCAGUGGGAGCAGAGGAGGCGGCGGUAGCGGCGGAAGCGGAGGUGGCGGCAGCGGCGGUGGAGGAGGCCGGGGUGGCUACGCGCAGUGAGGCGGCUUCGGUGGUGCCGGGUGGGGGUGCUGGUCCCUGUGCCUACGUCCUGCGUACCGGCGACCGCAUUGGUGAGACGUGCGAUGGCCCGCACACCACCCAGCACUGCUUCGGCCGCCUGACGGACGCUUGGCAUCUCCAGUUCCCUGACGCCAGUGAGAUCCCUUGCUGGGGUGAGUUCUUUAGGUCGGGGAUUGCUAUCUUUGAUCUUGAUUAUGAUGCUAUUCUUGCUGCCAUUUAUGUUGUGUCUACUAGUGAUGGGGGUGACUGUUACCUGUGUGUCCCGCCUGACCUAGGCAUUGAGGCUGCUGCUCUAGGUGCUGGUGAGGUUGCUCUUCCAGGUGCUAGUGCGUCUGCUGCCCCAGGUGCUGGUGAGUCAGGUACCACGUCGGCUCAGGCCUACCACACCUUCACCCUUGACUCGGGUGCUUCCCGCUCCUUCUUUCGAGACCGCACCACACUCACGCCGCUUCGUCGGCCAGUGGCGGUCUCUCUGGCAGACCCCUCUGGGGUUCCUGUCCUUGCCCACUUCUCCACUGUCUUACCAUGUCCGGCGGCCCCUUCUGGCACCCUGUCAAGUCUUCACCUCCCCUCGUUCUCUACGAACUUGGUGUGUCCCAGGUAG